UUGUGGCGACGGCAGCUGUGAGGGCGGCGACCUCGCGGGGCGACGGCGGAGGUGGCGGCUGCGACCUCGCCGCAGCCAUCUUGACAACCAACCGACGCCGCGUCCUUCGCGACGGAAACCAGGCGGAACGCGGGGCGGGGCCGCGGGCUGGGGGCGUGGCCAAGCGGGCCGGCCGGCCCAAAGCGGGCUGGGUCGGCUGAGGUCCCCCGUGGGGAGUGGAGGCAAGCUGAGGCAAGAGGAGGUAAACUGAGGCACUCUAAGGUGAGAGAGCUGAUAUUUGAAGAAGUAUUUUCAUUAGUUCAAGAAAAAUAUGAUGUAUCUAUCCCAAGCACCACUCUUGUUCUUAAAUGUAUGUAUUUUCAUUUGUGGAGAAGCUAUACAAGGUAGCUGUGUUCAUCAUUCUACGGAUUCUCUAGUAGGUAACAGUGCGGCAGAUAAAACUAUUCUCAAAGAUGAAAAUCAAAGUAACCCUGCUGUGUACAAGGAAGACUGUAAGGAGUCACGUGAUGCUAAGACCAAAGUGACCCGAGAAGAAAAACAUUUUAUAUGUAGAAACCUGCAAAAUUCUAUUGUUUCUUAUACAAGAAGUACCAAAAAACUACUGAGAAAUAUAAUGGAUGAGCAGCAAGCGUCUCUGGAUUAUUUAUCUAGCCAGGUUAAUGAGCUCAUGAAUCGAAUUCUCCUUUUGACUACUGAGGUUUUCAGAAAACAGCUGGACCCCUUUCCUGCCAGGCCCGUUCAGUCACAUGGUUUGGAUUGCACUCAUAUUAAAGAUUCAAUUGGCUCUGCCACCAAAACCCCUAGUGGUUUAUAUAUAAUCUUUCCAGAGGGAUCUAGCUACCCAUUUGAGGUAAUUUGUGACAUGGAUUUCAGAGGAGGAGGAUGGACAGUGAUUCAGAAAAGGAUGGAUGGGACAGUUGACUUCCGGAGGCCAUGGUGUGAUUACCUGGAUGGAUUUGGAGACCUUUUAGGUCAAAUGUUAUGUGUUGAUGCUUUGCCUUUUCUCCUUCUUUCUGGAGAAUUUUGGCUAGGACUGAAAAAGAUUUUUUACAUAAUAAACCAAAAAGAUUCUAGUUUUAUGCUUCAUGUGGCCUUGGAAUCCGAAGAUGACACCUUGGCUUAUGCUUCAUAUGAGAAUUUUUGGCUAGAGGAUGAAACACGAUUUUUUAAAAUACACUUAGGACGAUAUUCAGGAAAUGCUGGUGAUGCAUUCCGGGGCUUCAGAAAAGAUGAUAACCAGAAUGCAAUGCCUUUCAGCACCUCAGAUGUUGAUAAUGAUGGAUGCCACCCUGCUUGCCUGGUCAGUAAUCAGUCAGUGGAGAGCUGCAGUCACCUCCAUAGCAACACUGGCUGGUGGUUCAACCAGUGCGGCCUCACGAACCUAAACGGCGUCCAUCAUGUUCCUGGAAAAUUGCGUGUAACUGGCAUUCAGUGGGGUACAUGGACCAAAACCAAUUCAUUUGUCAGGAUUAAAUCUGUUUCAAUGAAGAUUAGAAGAACUUACAACCCAUAUUUUAAGUAAUCUUAUUUUAAAUUGUAGCACAAUUUCCAGAGUUACUUUUGAAAACAUACUAAAAUUUUUUUUACAUAGUUUCUUAUUUAGAGUU